CCGCCCGCCCGCGGGGCGGCUCCGGCGGCAGAGCCGCGCUGGCUCCGCGCUGGCUCCGCGCGGGCGGCAGCAGCAUGGGGCUGGAGCUGUACCUGGACCUGCUCUCGCAGCCCUGCCGCUCCAUCUACAUCUUCGCCCGGAGCAACAACAUCCCCUUCGAGUUCAAGCACGUGGAGCUCUUCAAAGACUCGGUGCUGGGGAGGAGGCCGGCCGGGGCGAGCGGCGCCGAGCAGCCGCGCACAGGGUCAUCGAACAGCGAAGGGGCUGCCAAAGUCAGCCUCCUGAAGAAAGUGCCAGCCCUGAAGGACGGAGACUUCACCCUAGCAGAAUGCACUGCUAUCCUCCUGUACCUGAGCCGAAAGUACAACACUCCCGACCACUGGUACCCAUCGGACAUACAAAAACGGGCCCAGGUGGACGAAUACCUCUCAUGGCAUCAUGCUAACAUCCGGGCUAAUGCUCCUAAGACCAUGUGGAUCAAGGUACUGAUUCCUCUCUUCACCGGGCAGCCGCUGCCCGCGGAGAAGCUUCAGGAGGUUAUGGAUGGACUGUCCACUUCGCUGAAGCAACUUGAGGAGAGAUUUCUGCAGGAUAAAGCUUUCAUCAUCGGCAGCGAGAUUUCUCUUGCAGACCUCGUGGCCAUUGUGGAGCUCAUGCAGCCUGUCGGAGUCGGCUGUGACGUCUUUGAGGACAGACCUAGGCUGAUGGAGUGGCGCCGGCGGGUGGAAGAAGCUGUGGGGAAAGAGCUUUUCUUCCAAGCCCAUGAGAUGAUCCUGAAUAUCAAAGAACUGAGUAACAUUCAGAUCGAUCCACAGCUCAAAGAGCACCUGGCACCUAUGUUGAUGAAGAUGUUGAAAUGAAUUAACCUAUGUUACCAUUUUUUCCUGCCCUUUUUUUAAUUUCCCUGAUCUCCAGUUUUAUGUGUAACUGGAAAGAGUUCUCUAGUUCUUUUACAGAAAUUGAAGAACCUGCCCUACCCUUUCCUGCAUCUUUAGGGGUAGAAAAUGGGGAAUUUUUGAGACCUGAAACAUUAAAUUUAUACAAAAGACUGGGGGCCUCUGGGUUUUAUCUUAGAGUGUCAGUAUUCUCGGAGUUGGUGGAGACAUGAAUGCUAUUUCUUGACAAAAUCUGAGCCGGCCUGCAAACUGGCAGCAGGAGAGAACCGUAGCGGAUGAGGAUCACUGCUUUCCUGGGCUUCGUAACAUUUGCUGCUUGAAAUUCUUCGCAAGCAGCAAGCACUGCAACGUGUGCCUGAUCCUCACCUUCCCAGCAGCUGUCCGUGCCCAGGUAAUUCCAGAGCAAAACUACGGUCAGUCAGAGAAGUGAAAAAAAGACAUUGAAUUUUUCUCUGGAAACGUUCUUACUGCCAGGACAUCUUGCUUGGCUGUCCGUGUACAUUCCACGCUUCCGUUUGCCUUCGGGCUCCUGUGGAAAGCCUCUUCGCACUCAUCUACAACUGUGAAUCUUUCCUCUGUAAUUAGCCAGUUUAAUCAGGACUUUCCACUUUUGAAAGCCUGGCUUUCAUUGGCGCUUCGGCUACCAGUAGACAUAUGGCCGGGGCGAUUCUUGGAGAUUUGUGUAGUAAAGACCAAAGCAAAUACAAAAGGCUGAGUGGCCACAGCCCUCGAGCAACUGCCUACCUAAAAUACUCUGUCGGCAUAAUAUAGGGAAUACGCUGAGAGAUUACAUUGGCAAUGAUUUCUUGAAAGAGAGUAUGACAGCUAUCGGAGUGUUUCUUUUCUGUAAUAGUAUAAUAGCAAUCCACAUUCCUCCUAGAAAACACAGAGGAGGAAGAAAUCCAGACAGGCUGUUCUGGAUGGAAGUUCACCAAGUCAGUCACCCGGUGCAGCUGAAGUAAUAGAUUUUGUGGCAUUGAGUAACGUGUGCAUCACAAUAAAAAGGCAGAGACUUG